CGGGCCCAGGUCUCGCGAGAUCCCGGCCGGGCCCCGCCGCCGCCGCCGCCGUGAGGGAAGAUGUUCCGGAUCUUUGCGUCGCGCCGAGGCCCAGCGUCGGCGGGGAUCUGCCAUUUGCAGCGACUUCAGAGCACCCUUGUGCUAGCAGAGCACAAUAAUAAGAAGCUGACCCCAAUUACCCUCAAUGCCAUUACAGCUGCGAAACAGCUGGGUGGAGAUGUAACCUGCCUGGUCGCUGGAACAGACUGUAGCCAGGUGGUGGAGGAGGUCAGCAAAGUGCAAGGGGUAAAGAAGAUUUUAGUGGCACAGAAUGAUAUAUUCAAAGGUUUCCUACCAGAGGAACUGACGCCAUUGGUUCUGGCUACACAAAAACAAUUUAAAUUCACACACAUAUGUGCAGGGGCCUCUGCCUUUGGAAAGAAUCUUGUACCUAGAAUAGCUGCAAAACUUGAUGUUGCUGCCAUCUCUGAUAUCAUUGAAAUUAAAGCCCCUGACACAUUUGUCAGAACCAUCUAUGCAGGAAAUGCUCUGUGCACAGUGAAGUCCAGUGACGAAGUAAAAGUGUUCUCUGUGCGAGCGACAGCUUUUGAAGCUGCUUCUAUGAAUGGAGGAGAUGCACAUUCCGAAGAAGUACCAGCCCCACCUGCAGCUGGAUUGUCUGAUUGGGCGGGACAAACUUUGUCUAAAAGUGACCGUCCAGAGCUAACCAGUGCCAAAAUUGUUAUAUCUGGGGGCCGAGGAUUAAAAAGUGGAGACAACUUCAAGUUAUUGUAUGACUUGGCUGAUAAGUUACAUGCUGCUGUUGGUGCUUCUCGAGCUGCGGUGGAUGCAGGAUUUGUGCCCAAUGAUUUACAAGUUGGACAGACUGGAAAGAUCGUAGCACCCGAGCUCUAUAUCGCUGUUGGGAUUUCAGGAGCAAUUCAGCACCUGGCAGGAAUGAAAGACAGCAAGACCAUUGUGGCCAUUAACAAGGAUCCUGAGGCUCCCAUCUUCCAGGUGGCAGACUAUGGCUUGGUGGCAGAUCUCUUCAAGGCUGUCCCAGAGAUGACCGCUCUUCUGGAUAAAUAAUUCUGAGGCUUUACAGUUUGGUCAAAUGGACACUGGAUCGUGAAUUGGACCCGUCCAACUUGCAUAUGAUGUGCUGAUAAUGUGUACAUCAAUACUGAACAUUAUUUUGAUUCACAUGCUGUUUGUCUCUAUCAAUACAACAAAUUGAUUACACUUGAUUUAUUUUGUUACCUAUCGGAUUGAAGUUCCAGAAUUUGAAUACUUCUUGUGAGUAUACCAAUUCAAGCUGAAAGAGAAAUAGGUGCCCACAUUCUCUAGCCCCAAGAUUCCUUCAAACCUACUUUGAAGAUGAAUUCUUGAGUAUAUUUGAGCUGUUUCUAAAACCUUUAUCUUCCUUCUAGGAUAAACUCAGCACCUUCCUGAAGAACUCUAGCAACAAUUUGCAAGGGACAGCCUGUACACCAUGAAGUGUUCAAGUUGUUCUCAAGGGCAUUAAGAGGAAGAGCAUUAAUUUUCAGUUGAGAACACAAGCAUCAGGCCUGUAGCAAUGGGAUUGUGGAGUGUUAUUAUUUCUAUUUAGGGAUAAAUCUGGGAUUCGUUUCUUUCCUUGGUAACACUACGGGGAGGCUCACUAUUAAAGGCUUUGUAUUUCUAAGAAACUAAUGCUCUGCAGAAAGAGACAGCAACCCAGAUCUGCCUCCAUGACACACCAGCUUGUUGGUUACAGUGGAAGGUUACUGCGAAUGGAAGGGAAAUAAUUGCAGAUAAGUGCGGAAUAGCUAAGUGUCAAGACAGCUCUGUUAGGAAUAGCAUGAGGUUCGGUCAUGUAAAGGCUUUCUGGGUGGAACUGCAAAAGGAAAGAGGAGGAACUGAGUGAUUCUUCGAUUGGUAAAUGAUUUAAGAGAAUUUUAUCCUUUGCAAAUUCUGUGUCAACCAACUGGAUACUAUUUUGAAAUAAACUGUCUGGCCACA